GCUGUGCGCCACAGAAUCAGCCGUCGUCCGUCGUAGACGCGGAUUCGUGCAAAUGGCGUCGCUGCCAGUAUGAUCGAGCGUAUGCUGUCUAAUAACGCGUACGGGCCUCGUCCGGGCGCGGCGCCGCGCGGCCCAGCCUGACGGCGAGCGUGAGUGAGUCGAUUAUUGGUCAGGAUUCAGGAAAUAAAUCAGUCCGUAGGGAUCGUUAAAAUUGCUGUCGAAGCAGCAAACGGUGUGUGCACUGUGCACGUAUCGACAACGAGUGGUGACACGCAGUGAGAAAGAGAGAGUGCCGCCGUAGAGGGAUGCAGGCCGAACUGAUGUACAGAAAACCGCUGACGAUGACGACGCCGGGCCAGAGUUUCUAUCGUCCUGGGACGGGGAAGAAAGAGGCCGGGAGGGACUGCAGGGAGGCGAUACACUCCGGACACUUCAUGGUCUCGGACUUCGAGGCGGAGGCCCAGGACGACGAGGACGAGCUCGCCGUUCCCGUGCCGGACGAGGAGGCCGCCAAGAUGGCGAUCAUCGCGCCGCUCGGCUUCCUCCACGAGAAGUUCGUCAGCACCUUCUCCAGCAAGAAGACGCCUCAGCAGCUCAGCAUCGAGACGUCUUUGAACAAGCUGUUCCAGUGCAUGUCCCUCGCCUACAGACAGAAACUGACAUCGCCCAAGUGGAAUCGGUUCAAAGGGAUCAGGCUGAGAUGGAAGGACAAGAUCAGGAUGAACAACGUGAUCUGGAGAUGCUGGCAUAUGCAGUUUAUACUGAAGCAGAAUACGUUGGUGUGCCAGUUCGCGUCCCCGUUGGAUGUUGACACGCAUAAUAAACCCGAGGCGGUGGUCUUAGAGGGCAAAUACUGGAAGCGGAAACUUGCUGCGGUUACUGCGGAAUACAAGAAAUGGCGAAUGUUCUACCGCAACAAGAUCCUUGGCUGGACGAACAAGGAUGGCACCGAGAUGAUGGAAUCGAUGGACGUGUUAGACUGGGGCAACGGAUUAGGAACCACCGGGAACUUCGGAGCGGGUACUGGGAGCACACACGGAGGGACCAGUGGCACUCCAGGAGGCGAGAGUAUGAUGGUUGACGAGGAUUACAUGGAGCUGAUGACCGAUACGUUAUUUUCGACGAUCAGUUCGAACCAACCGCUGUACUUUCCCGACCCGAGAGAGAUUGCGCGCGGAGCUAGUCUGGCAGAUUUUAUACAGCCCAGCCUGGGCCCGCUCCAGCCGAAUUUAGACGACUUUAUGGAUACUCUGGAACCGUUGCAAGAAUUUCUAAAUUCGAAAUUGCCUCCCGUGCCCGAGGAGGACGACAUGUUUCGUAGCAGCGCGCUGAACUCGAACUACCCCGUUCUGGACUUGAUGGCGCCGAUGAAUCAGAUGAACGAGAUGGGCCAAGAAUCGGCGGUGAAGAACGGGCAGACUCCACAGUCGACGUUGUCGCAGAACGAUCAAUCGAACGCUAUACAGAAUCUUCAGUACGCGGCGAAGAUAUAUACUCAGUCCGAGCAGACGAACGCCUUCAGGAACAAUAUUAGUCUAAGCGAGACCUACAACGCCAUGCAGCCGAGCUACGAGCCUUCUCCGCCGAGUCAGCCGGUCCGGGAGAAGAGUCGACCGAGUAGGAACUCCUCGAGAAGCAACCGAGUGAUGCAACAGCCUCAGCAGCAGCAGCAGCAACAACAGCAACAACAGAACGCGUACCAACGAUCGGCGCAGCAGCAGCAGAACGCGGGCUACCAGCAAGCGUCCCAGCAACCGUUCGCCAUGGAGAUCCAAGCGGUCCAAUUGACGACGGUACAGAAUCAGGUGCAGAUGCCACCGAUGAAUGAUCAGUCGGUCCAUGCGAACCAAAUAUCGUCUAUCGGCGGACACGUACAGAACUUGGUGACGGUGCAACAGAAUUUCGGAGGAACGAAUUCCUCGGUGCCUACGCAGCACAGAACCAUCAGACCCCUGCCACCAGUUGCACCGAUGUCCACCAAGCCGUACAAAGUCGUUCAACCGCAACAGUGCUACAAGUUCUCUGGUCUGCCACAGAACUUUAAUGCGCAGCAAUGUAAAUUCAACGCCAAUAACUUCAAGACACACCCGGCGCAACAAGUCGUGUCCGUCACCUCGGAACAACCGUCGCAAUCGCCGAUAGUGUUGCAGUGCAGACCCUCGGGCCUGGAUCUCACCACGCCGAAUGUACAACCCGCGAAGCUGUUGCCGCAACCGACCAUCACGAAUUCGGAGAAGGAGGAGAUCUUCGCUGUGCCCAAGUAUCAGAUGAAAGCGAGGAGUAGAUCUCGAAGUAGCUCGUCGCUAACUGCACCGAGAAUGCACCCGCCACCGUUAGUGUCCGCAGCAAGCGAUCCCGCUCUAAAUCUAAAUAACAAUGUAUUGCUCGCACAGUUACUCACGAAUAACACAUCUGGUAUAUACACAAUGAAUAGUCCGGCUGAUAAUAUAAUGCCGAGACUGAACCAAACAGCCACCACUAUGAAACACAUCUUACCCAUGCUUCCACCUUCAGCUUCGCCCACGCAGGUGACGACCACCCACCAGAUCACAGCGCCGAUCACUGUCCAAACGAUGCAAACCGCUACGGUGCAGGUGCAGCCGCAGCAGCAGGCGAUGCAACAGUCUACUUGCAGCCAGCAAAUCUUAUUAAAUACAAACACCCAAUCGCACCAGCCACAAAAUAGCCCCGGCUCGCCGAAGGAUAGUUCGAACGCGCACAGCCCUCAGGCGUUGAGCCUCAGCCCUUUGCACAGUCCGAUGAGUAUAGGGAGCCCGUUGUCGCCUUCCCGGGUCUACAUAAAGGGCGAGACGGAACGAGGACAGUAUAAAGAACAGAGGAGGGUUGGUCACAUUCAUGCCGAACAGAAGCGUAGAUACAACAUUAAGAACGGGUUCGACAUGCUGCACAGCCUGAUACCGCAGCUCAGUCAAAAUCCGAAUCCGAAGCUGAGCAAGGCCGCCAUGCUGCAGAAGGGGGCUGAUUAUAUCAGGCAACUGAAGGCGGAACGGAAUCAGUUGAAGGACGAGAUGGAUAGCUUAAGACAUCAAAUCGAGUGCCUUAAUACGUCGAUUAGUAAUUGCCAAUCUAUGCUUCCUGCAACGGGUGCUCCGAUUUCUAGACACAGAACUAGCAAAAUGAAGGAGAUGUUUGACGAGUACGUACGCACACGUACGCGAGAAAAUUGGAAAUUUUGGAUUUUCAGUAUAUUGCUUGAGCCUUUAAUGAUUUCUUUCAAUACUUCGGUAUCAACGGCGAGUAUCGAAGAUCUAUACAGAAGUACAAUAUUAUGGGUUGAGCAGCAUUGCUCGCUCGUCGAUCUCAGACCAGCUGUUCUGAAUUCCCUAAGGUAUCUGUGUACUGCCACUGAUAUUCUAUCAGACCCUGGUCGUCUGCCCGAAGAAGCACUCGCAGCAGUAAAUCGUACAGAACGGCGACGAUCCACUCAGUGACCAAUUACGCGAAUCCGACGCGGAACGUGUUCGUGUACACAUUUUAAGAUUAGUCGCGUAACGAGCAGGAGAAUAAGUUACCGUAAUUUAAGUCAGUUUAGGGAGGAUCAGGUACGUGUGAUAAGAAUUCUUGAAACGGUCAUUCUCUUUUUUACAGUAGACACUCUCGGGUCUCCCUUUGCCAACGAUCACGGUUGAGCAACGCAGUAAACCCUCAAGUGCAAUUUUUCGCUUCCCCUUGUCCCCACCAAAAUUGUGAUCGAGAAAUUUGUAACACCAAUUCGAAGAGGUACAAAAAAGUGCGUGUAAAUAUAAACGAUGAAUGAU